GUGAUACCCCGACGUCUCCAAACUGAACCACCGGGACCGGGACCAGCAGUCGGUGGCGGCGCAGAUCCGGGACGCACCAGAUCUGGAAGAAAGAAAAGGACCCAAAUAAAAAAGAAAGGAAGGAAGGAAGAAAGAGGAAGAAGAAGAAGGUUUUUUUAAUUAAUUCAUAAUUCCUGCAGCCGGCUGUUCACCGAGGAGCUUCACGAUGAAUAAUUUUUUCCUGCUGCCGCUUUUCGUCUCGAUGAUCACCGGAAAGUCUCCGAGGCUGAAAUUCGUUCUGCACGAGGCCUCCCGGUUCCACUUUGCCCAGCCGGAGAACUACAUCAGCAUGUUCCACCCGGCGGGCAGCGACCGGCUGUACGUGGGCGGCCGGGCGGCCGUGUUCGUGCUGACCUUCACCAGCAGGGGGGUCCGCGACCUGGUGAUCCCAGCGGCCUCCGACCAGACCGCCGUGGACACCUGCAAGGCGAAGGCCGCGCCCCUCGAGAUGGAGUGCGAUAACUUCAUCACGGUCAUCCAGAAAGUGAACGACACGAUAAUCGUGUGCGGGACGAACGCCGGCAGCCCCCGGUGCUGGAUGCUGGUCAACGACACGGUGCUGACGGACGUCCGGGGCAAUGGGCAGAUGGCGUCUGCCUCCGAAAUCUCCCCGCCGUACCCGUCCCAGAAGUCCAUCAGCCUGCCUGCAGAUGGCAGCCUGUACUCCGCCAUGUCGUCGGUGGCGGGUCACGCCGGCUCCAUCCGACGCACCUUCGGUUCCCAGAAACUCCUGAAGACGGAGAACGUCUGGCUGCUGAACCCUCAGUUUGCGGGCGCGGCUGUGAUCCCCUCGUCCGUCCAGCACAAGGAGGAGAUCUACUUCUUCUUCAGCGAGUUCAACAAGACGGCCCGAGUCGACGAGGAGCCGUACAAGGCGCGCAUCGGCCGGGUCUGCACGGUGGACGAGGGGGGCAUCAAGGCCCUGCUGGCGGACUCGUGGACCACCUUCAUGAAGGCCCGGGUGAUGUGCGGCGCCGGCAACACGCAGCAGCAGUACAACAACAUGAAGCAGGCCGUGGUGCUGACGGCGCACGACAAGAGGGCCGGGGUCCUGUACGGGCUGUUCUCCAACGCAUGGGGCAAAACCGUGGUGUGCGCCUACUCCAUCGAGGACAUCGACCAGGCCUUCAGCACCUCCAAGCUGAAGGGCUACAGCAGCCCGUUCAUCGCCGGCAGCCGGCCCGGCAUGUGCGUCCGUAAGAACUCCACGUCCGGCGCCGGCGGCCACAACGACAUCAAGAACCUGGGCGUGAUCCGGUACCACCCGGAGAUCGAGGACGUGAUCCGGCCCGUCGGCGUGGCGCCGCUCGACCUGCCGGACGACGCCCAGAUCACGCACGCCGUGGCGGACAUCGUGCUGGCGGUCAACGACGAGCACUACAGCGUCCUGUACCUGGGCACAGACCAAGGCAAGAUCCUGAAGGUCCUCCACAGCAGCGAGGGCGUGUUCGUCAUAUCUCAGUACUCCCUGUUCCACAACGAGGGCCCGGUUCUGAACAUGGCCAUCGACUCCCAAAAGGGACACCUGUACGUGGGCACGGCAAUGGAGGUCCAGCGGCUGCCGCUGGCCGACUGCGGUCGCUACGGCGACACGUGCAGGGAGUGCAUCCUGUCCCGGGACCCGUACUGCGGCUGGGACCGAUCCAGGAGGAGGUGCAUCCCCAUCCCGCCCGGAUACAACGUCACCACCGGGACGCUGGUUCAGAACCUGGACCAGUCAAACUCCUCUGUUUGUGGGGAAGCUGCUGCUCUGAAGCAGCGCCGCACUUCCCCUAGAGAAGUGCUGGUGCAGGCCAACACCUCCGUCUUCCUGCCCUGCCCCGUGCGCUCCUUCCACGCCGCCUACCGCUGGGAGAAGGACAACUGCAUCAAGAACUACCCGUGCCUCUUCUCCGGGGGCUACUGCGUCCUGGGUCCGGCCGUGGACACGCCCCUGAGGGAGGGCGUGUUCCGCUGCAUGGCCACCGAGGACGGGUUCAAGGUGGAGGUCAUCUCCUUCAGGCUAGUGAAUGGCGGCGGGCUCCCGGCCGCCUCCUCCUCCGCCGCUUUGGGGCCGUUGCUCCUGCUCGCCGCGGUCACCCUGUGGCUCCGUUAACCCCGCGGCUACCGCUAAUGCUAAUACCCCCCUUAUCAUCCUCACCGGCUCUCUGUGCGAGGAAGAGGAGGAGCCUCUGUUAGGAGGUUGGGUUCGCACGGCAUCAAAGUUCACGGUUGGGUCGGACGUCGUCAAAUUCUGUUCUUGUUAUUUUUCUUGCAUGAAGAGCGACAUGUGCAGCCAUCUUGUUAAGAGCAGAAGUUUGAAAAUCGAAGUUAGCGUCCCGUGAAUUCGACUCGUCUCGCGGGUUUCGAUCGACCGUGACUCGGUGCUUUUGCGAACCUUUCCUCUCGUUAACAUAUCGUGUGAGUUGGGGCGAAAACAACGCCGAUACCAGGCCGAUUAUUUUACUUGUUUUCAAAUCGACUUGACUGUGCUUAUUUGUGAAUAUAUAAACCUUUAAUACCGCUCUCAAACGUCUAAUCAUUUAUCUUGUUAAACUUCAUCGGUAUAGACCAUUGUCUGGUAUUGAGAUUUUAAAAAGCCUUAAAACUGCUAAGCACAAUUUUGCAGUCGAGGCCUAAAACAUGGCCGGGAGGGAAGUGUCAUCUUUUUGACAGGAAGUAGGCGGGUGGGCGGUAGCUCGUCUUCGGAAAAAAACAUCACUGUGUCUCAGCACCUCCUCCUCAGACGAGGCAGUUUCUUGCAUCUUUUUAUCAGAUGGUACCAAACGCCGUUAUCACGCCUUGUUCGCAGCUUUGUCCGUUGUUUUAUUAAUUUGUUUAAGUGUAAUUUUUGCAUAUUUUCUCCUCCCCAGAGCAUCAGAAACAAAACACUUAACAGAAUGUAAAGAAGAAAAAAACAUUGCCCGCAGCUCCCACAGAUCAAUAUUAGCGCUAGAGAGAGAGCCUUCAGAAUAAAAGCAUGACAUAAUUAAAUUAAGCCAUCAAUCAAUGGGGAAGUGUUUAUAAGCAUUUAUUGUGGGGAGACGAUAGUUCGCAAGUUAUGUAAAACAAAAUGGCCGUUUUUGUUGUUGUUGAGAAUUCCGAGUCCCGACGACGCGUAAAGACGUGAACAAGGUGUCGCGCUAUAGCAACACUCACAUCAUCACGAGGGCGGACGAAGCUAUGCGGAACGCCAUAUUUAGGCUUUUCAUUUCAUUGUUUGCUUGUAAAAAAAGAAAGAAGGCUUGUACUUGUACUUGGAGUGUGUUCUGUAUUUUAUUGCUACGCAGAUGCUGAUUUCUACCAUUGCUGCCUACUUGUGAGACAUUUUGUGUUGAUUGUUUGGGUUUUAUGCCAUAGUUAGAACGUGACACGUACCCAUCGACCGCGUUGCCUCUCUCUCUCCAGGGACAUCCAGACACUGGUCGUCUUUCUCGUACGUUUGUGUUUCUCUAAGCUGUGAAAAAAGAAAAAAAAUUGCUCGACAGCUGCAGUCACGACAUGUCGUCAAUACCAGGAGGUUCAAGCUACGUGUAAAAGGAGGUUGGUUGUGUUUGCCCAAUGACCCCGAAAGCUAAACCCUCUGAAUACAGAACAGCCGCAUGAAGAAGUGAUGAAUUAUGCAGCGCAUUAGCAGCUUCUCCAGAGCGCUGGCGAUCUUCAUUCAGUGGCGUCGGAUAGAUCUGACUUCCACUGUGCCAGAGAUGUCAUUUAUAGCCAAUUAGACGACGGGGUCGACUCCUCACGCGACGGACUAACGAACGUGUUUCACACCGUCGGGGAACAUGUCCUCAGCCGGGAGGAUCUCCAGGAGGUGUCGUGUUCCUCUUGAUCGUCGUUGAGCGACCUCGUCUUCCCCCGACGCGCAUUUGCAAAUAUUCCACGCUCCUUAUAGCCGACAAGAUAUUUCAUCCUGGAGAAACUCUGAGCGUGUGAACCCCCCCCCCCCCCCCCCCAAAACCCCCCGUCUGCGUGUCUCGGCAUCGACAUCACGGUCGACACAUUGUGCGGAGGCUGUUGCCGCGCCGACCUUUGAAGGAAAUGAUGUCAACACACACAGAAGGGCUCGGGGCGAGCGUUGUGAUCGGCCUCAGAAAGCUGUGCGGGAGAAGCCGAUGUUUCCUCUGGUGUUACGAGCUUCCAGAUCCACGCUAGACAACGCAGCACGCAUCUUACGGAUGAAAGUCAACGUUUCUGAACCAGAAAUGUGUUUCAUGGAUCUUUCAGCCUCGUGAAACGCUUGCAGGAACAGAAAACAACGUCACGUGGUCACGUUGUAAGAAACACAACUAACGUGACAACGUAACAACGUAACUCAACAACUGUAACCCCGCAAACGCAACGUAACAAAGUAACAAUGCAAUAACUCAACAAUGCAACAAUGUAAGAUACGAUUGUAACGCAACAAUGUAACGCAACAACGUAACGCAACAACGUAACGCAACAAUGUAACGCAACAAUGUAACGCAACAACGUAACGCAACAACGUAAUGCAACAGCGUAACGCAACAGCGUAACCCUGAGUGAACUUUCGUUUGUUAGGCUGCAGCGGCUCCUGGGUGAAAGUCGUGUGUUUGACCCCAUGAGGGCUGAAGGGUUUUCUCCGCCUCUCGGCGAGCUCGUUCAGGAACUUUCAUCAAAUCCAUAUUCUGCGUCAAUUGCUUCAGAAACAACAACAUUCAACAACUCAUUGCUUUCCAGAAACGUAGAAUGCCGACACGGCCGAAUGUCCUUUUAUCAGUGGCGGGCCGUCAGGGCCAGCAAGGCCUUCUCUGCUGGCCUAAACAUCAUCAGAAUAUAUAUUUUUUUCUAAAUAUAUUUCCCCACAAAUAUGUAUUCAAUUAUUUCCCAGAGUAAGAGUUAUUCUCUUAAUUUCAUAGCGUUCCUCUUGGUUGCGCUGCUGCCAGCGCCAGGUUGAGAUUUGGAGGGCUGGUUUUUAUGUUAGAUCUUUUAUCCAAUCAUAUUCAGCCAUCGUGUGUUGCCAGGGGGCUAAAAUCUGCCCUUAGGCCUUCAGAAUCAACAUUGCGGGCGCUGGUAGCUUCAAGUGAAUGCGAAUGACAAUGUUGUGUCAACCAAUCAGCUUUAGAGUUGGCUCCUCUAGGCCUUCGAGAAGGCCCCGGAACCGGCACAGGAGCCAGCUAGCAGGCGGAGUGCUGCACGUCUUUUGAUUGGAUUACCAAUAUUGAGAGGCGGGGCCUAUGGGCAGGUAGAUGCAAAACCUCAGAACUAGGAAACUGAAUUUGAUAAAGGAAUUAAUUCGCGGACUACAAAGCUGUUUUUUCAACCCACAAUGGCGGAAGGAGGAGAAGAUGUCGAUUUGGUCGAGCAUAUACUUGAAAUCUGCUUUGGGUGCGACAAUGCCCUGUUUAGUGAACAAACGAGUGCAAGUGACUUUUUUUCCUUCUUUUUCUCCGUCCCGAUGCGCGCAUUCUGCAGAGCGCGAGACGGAGAGCCGAGAGAAAUGACAUGCUGUUGUGUAGAUACGAUCAACUUCAGACGGCUGUUUAGUUUAAUAAAUGAACAAAGACGUGCUAUAGAGAAAAUGACGGGGGCGGGCCAAAUUUUUUUAAUGUCAUGCGAUCUACCAAUACUACGCCGCGAUCGACGUAUUGAGCAGCCCUGGUCUAGAGCCAUGGCAUCAUAAUGAUAGUAAUAAGAGGUGGAUUAAUUCGGGUGGGACUGUGUAGGACCUCACUGAAGGCCCAGGCCCCAGGCCCACGGCCCGCCACUGCCUUUUAUGGACACUUUUAAAACACUCGGGACUUGCCUGGACCCGGAGCGCAUGAGGCUGUUGCUGGGGAAGAGUCUCUCAUAGCGUCAGAGCUCACGGCUGGACGGAUCAAACCUGGAUCAUCCUGCAGAGUCCGUGAGAGUUGGCGGAUGUUUGAAUGUUGCCGAGGCCUCAAUCGACUUUCACCCAGACCUUUCUCCGUCUCCUGAUUCUUCUUGUUUGUUUCCAAGAAGUAUUCCUCGUCACCGAGUACUUUACGUUGUAGGAACGACGGAGACGUUUAAAAGUGAGGGUUUGUCUCCUAACCUUGAGUUUCAAUGGGGUCUGAUGGUCGCUGCUGUGCACAGCUGAUUACACUUCUUCUGCCACUCGGGCAGAUGGAAUCGAGCUUUCGUCACGCAGCUCUUCCCCUCCUCCUCAUCCUCAGCGCCGCGGGGCUGCGUUCUACUGCGCGGCGGCUGGGAGAUGCGUUUAAGCUUUGAUGAGGAUGUUAACACGGUCGCUCUAUCCAACGUCAGUUAUCGCUCGCUCUCCUCCGUCACGCUCCGUUAAACGGCUCAUUUCCUUCAAAGCGAGCUCUCGAUCCGCCUUCAGGGAACCGGCUUCAUGUUUAUCUGCUGGGAGCAAAUCAACGUCGAGUGGAGCGGGUCGCUGUGUUCUGUGUUCUGUACCUGAUGUAUGUCCACGAUGCUGUGUCUCCAUAUAUCUCAUUUUAAAACUGACAAGCCGAACUCUAUUAUUAUUAUUAUUAUUAUAGAAAAAAAAGAUUUCUAUUGGUGCCAUUCCGUGUCUAAUGCCAUCUCAUAACAUGUAUUUAAAAAAAACAGAUAUCUACAGUGCAAUAGAUAUUCAUGUAACUAACCCAUAUUGACAUGUGCGGUGAAAAUUAAUAAAACACAAGUAUAAAGAAA